UUUUUUACUUUGAUAUUAGAUACUAUUUUAUAUUUGAAGCUCCGUUCUCUAUCAAGGAAAUAGUACUCAAAAUUUAAUUUUCCAACAUCAAAAAAGACCCAAAAAUGUCAACUCAAGAUCUAGAUCCAGAUCCCAUCACAACCGCAUGCGCCAAAUCUCUCGAGGACUUUGAACGUGAUUACAUGCCUCCUCGGUACAAAUCCUCCCUCCUCAUCCCUUCCCCAUCCCCCCAUAACAUAACCUAACACCCAAUAGCUCAUCCUACGCACUCUACGCCCCACCACCCAAACCAGACGCACCAACAAAAUCAUAUAAGAUAAAUUUAUAUAAAGCCAAUACGCUCCAUACUCGGGAUUUAACAGCUUGUUUGAAUUUAAUUGAGAGGACGUCCGGGAAGCAUUAUAGGGGGAGUAGAUUGGGGUGGAAUGGGGUGAGGAAGAGGAGGGAGAUGGGGUCGUGGGAUUUGAGGUAUUUGGUUGUUAGAGAGGUGGGGGCGGGGUGGGAGUGA